CGAUUUCUUUAAAAAUAGAAUAUUGCCAAAUACUAAAAUUAACUCUGCGAUGUAAUUGUUUAUUCCAUCACGCGUCAUCGCUAAUCCGAUUAAGAUCUGAAACCGGUACGACAUAAUUACGUAAUUACAUAAUAUGCUUCUUAAAAAUAUUCGAAUGCGGUAAAUUUUUGAGCAUAAAAGCGAGGCGAUGGAACUAUAUCAGUAUAGUUUGAUAUCGGUUACAUGAAUCUGAAAAUUUUCAGAGAGAGAAAGAAUUUUUGAUACUGUCAGUAUUCAGACUUACGUGCUGAGAGGUUUUGAUUUCGUUUAAUUUAGGAAGUGCUGUUAUUAGAAAUAGUAUCAACAGAAUCAAUAAAAUAAAGACAAGGCGGUAGGCGCCCAGGAUCUCCGCUGACAGUUGAGGCCCACACUCAAGCAACCGGUUGCCUCUUCACAAACUUGCGGAUCUGUAACUACAUCGUGAACGGGUUACCGAAACUGCCAGUUCAUUUAAGCGCUGCGCGAUUAAUAGACUUUCUUGCGUGAGUGAUAAACUGUGGCUAUAAGUUAGAAUAUUGUUCACUAAAAUCACUAAGGCUUGCCCAAUUUAUGGAGUAUCGAGACGAAAGACGACUUGUUCGAAAGAACAUUUUUUUCUGUGGAAAAUAGCGUUCUUGGAAUUUCAAUUUUCGACUUGGUUUUAUCGAGAAAAUACGAUGAAUUGUAAAUAAAAUGGGAAAUUUCAUAACGAUAGAAGCGUUUUUUUGUUGUUACCAUGGGAACGAACUUCAAUCCGGAACUUCUAUAAAUUGCACAUUACUAGUGUGACAGGAUAACCCAUGUGUGAAAUUUCAUUAAGAUGGGUCUCUAGCCGUUAAGACGCUAGCUAGACCAUGGACACACAUACAGAACGACCGAUAGUAAGGGAUAGCGGAGAUCCGAGGGUCCUCGAUGUCCACGGCGGCCGUAGUUCUCUCACGCAAACGUAAUGUGUUAGUUUAUUUAAAAAAAGAAAGAUUGUACACCCCUGAUUACAAAAUUGCAAUGUAAAGUGGAACGGGGGGUAUUAAGUAUUUUUUGAAACUUUUCGUGCCCAUUUUUCAAGUUUUGCUUUAAACAGACCAACAAAGAAAAUACGAAACAAUGGGUCAGGCUUGCAGUUCCAUUAGACCUGAAUCUUUCAUGAAUUCACUCGAAUAGGUACUACUAAACUACAGAGUAACAUCGAUAUGAAUAUAUCAAUCGUUUUUAUUUUAAUCUACGUCAUCGCCCCAGGCUGGUGUCACGAUGAAACAGUGUUUCACUGCCGUCCCAAGCCUGGUUGCAAGAUUGCACAAUGUGAUUCGAACAGAGUGGAUGAAUAUACCAAAGAAUACCCGAUUACAUGCAAGUCCAAUAGUACUGUUCCCAACAAUUUGAAUAUCACAAAUAUCAGAAUAGGAUUGGAAAAGUUGGAAAACAAGUUUGAUGAUAAAAUCGAGAGGUUUGAGAAAGAAAUGUCUGAAAAUCGCAAAGCUCGCAAACGAAUUGGGAAUCAAUCUAUUAGAAUAGACAAUCUAUCGAGGAAAGCUUCGAAAGAAUCAGUUGAGAUCAAGGGAUUGAAGAAAGACUUGGUUGAGGUUAAAGAAAUGAAUGGCAAGUUGGUAGAAGACAACGAUAAUAUAAAAAAAGAUUUGAUUAAAGUACAAGUCAUGAAUGAUAAGUUGGCAAAAGACAACGAACAGAUGAAGAAAGCAAUAUCCCGAAUUGAACAGAAACUUGUUGUUAAGGAUAAGUCUCAUCAGGUUCAAGAUAUAUCCAAGCAGGACACCAGACCAACAACAAUGACUAGCACAACAUUGAAAUCAACAUCUAAGAAUCAAACAACAUUGACGUCAACUCCUGCUCCAGAAAACUGCAAAUUGAAGAUUGGAGACAUCUGUUAUUUCGCUGUGAUCCUAGGAAAAUGGGAUGUCGUCUAUAACAAUGCAGUUGAUAUUUGUAAGAAACGUAACGCAGAUGUUGGUUUGAUUCGAGAUGAAGAAUCGUACAAUGCAAUUUUGAAUUACUCAAGAGAGAAUAUGCCAGAGGAUUGGGUGGGGGUUGGACUAUGGAUAGGAACCUGGAUUGAUUCAGUGACUGGUAACGUCACACCGGCAGAUUCAUACACUGAAUGGUACGCGGAUCAUUAUCCAUUGACGGGAAUUGAUUAUAAAGAUCGCACAAAUAUUUAUCUCGUUGUCAAUAAAAAACCAAAUGAGGGUUUCCAAGGGAUGGUGAAUGCUACUCCUACCCGGGAGCGUGAUGGAGUUCUUUGUGAGAUCCUGAUGUAAUGAAGCGUCUGCUUGGUUGUAUUUUGUCACUCUGGAUCUAUCAUCAAUAAAAUAUAAAUCAUUGAAUUCUAACCUGAAAUUUGUACUAAUAUUCUUUCUAAUUAUCAAUGCAGAUUAUCACAGCUAUUACAGUUUUUUGAAAUUGGGUUAACUUUUAAACUGAAUUUUACAUUAUCCAAAUAAAAUGAUUCUUAAUUUU